GAUGUGUUGCCGGAAGUGUGUGUACAGUUCUAUCUGGAAUCAUGGAGCGUCGUGUGUUGUGCGGAGUCGGGCUGGUGGUUUUGCUGUUUUUGGGCGCUGUGUUGCUGGUCCGAGCUGCUCCUGUGGAUAAAGAUGCUGUAGACCCAAACAUUAACAAGGAUGCAAAUAAUGAACUGAAUCCCGGCGUUGCUGAAGCGGGUAAGGCCCAGGCCGGCGCUGCUGAAACGGGUGGCGCCCAGGCCGGCACUACUGAAACGGGUGGCGCCCAGGCCGGCGGUGCUGAAACGGGUGACGCCAAGACCGGCGGUGCUGAAACAGGUGACGCCAAGACCGGCGGUGCUGAAACGGGUGACGCCAAGACCGGCGGUGCUGAAACGGGUGACGCCAAGACCGGCGGUGCUGAAAAGGGUGACGCCAAGACCGGCGGUGCUGAAAAGGGUGACGCCAAGACCGGCGGUGCUGAAAAGGGUGACGCCAAGACCGGCGGUGCUGAAACGGGUGACGCCAAGACCGGCGGUGCUGAAACGGGUGACGCCAAGACCGGCGGUGCUGAAACGGGUGACGCCAAGACCGGCGGUGCUGAAACGGGUGACGCCAAGACCGGCGGUGCUGAAACGGGUGACGCCAAGACCGGCGGUGCUGAAACGGGUGAGGCCAAGACCGGCGGUGCUGAAACGGGUGACGCCAAGACCGGCGGUGCUGAAACGGGUGACGCCAAGACCGGCGGUGCUGAAACGGGUGACGCCAAGACCGGCGGUGCUGAAACGGGUGACGCCAAGGCCGGCGGUGCUGAAACGGGUGACGCCAAGGCCGGCGGUGCUGAUAAGGUUGAGGCCAAGGCCGGCGGUGCUGAUAAGGUUGAGGCCAAGGCCGGCGGUGCUGAUAAGGUUGAGGCCAAGGCCGGCGGUGCUGAUAAGGUUGAGGCCAAGGCCGGCGGUGCUGAUAAGGUUGAGGCCAAGGCCGGCGGUGCUGAUAAGGUUGAGGCCAAGACCGGCGGUGCUGAUAAGGUUGAGGCCAAGACCGGCGGUGCUGAUAAGGUUGAGGCCAAGACCGGCGGUGCUGAUAAGGUUGAGGCCAAGACCGGCGGUGCUGAUAAGGUUGAGGCCAAGACCGGCGGUGCUGAUAAGGUUGAGGCCAAGACCGGCGGUGCUGAUAAGGUUGAGGCCAAGACCGGCGGUGCUGAUAAGGUUGAGGCCAAGACCGGCGGUGCUGAUAAGGUUGAGGCCAAGACCGGCGGUGCUGAUAAGGUUGAGGCCAAGACCGGCGGUGCUGAUAAGGUUGAGGCCAAGACCGGCGGUGCUGAUAAGGUUGAGGCCAAGACCGGCGGUGCUGAUAAGGUUGAGGCCAAGACCGGCGGUGCUGAUAAGGUUGAGGCCAAGACCGGCGGUGCUGAUAAGGUUGAGGCCAAGGCCGGCGGUGCUGAUAAGGUUGAGGCCAAGACCGGCGGUGAUGAAAAGGUUGAGCUUGAAGAAGACGAGGAGGAGGAAAUGGAUGAGCAGCAGCCUGGAGAAGAAGAGAAAAUGCUUGAGGAUGAUCAAGAGUCGGAUAAUAUGAAAGACGACACAGUUGGUGCAGAAUUGGAAAAUUUGGAUAAUGUGGAUACAGCCGAUGAAGAGAAUGCAGACUCUCUGAACAAGCAGGAAUACCAACCUCCCAAUAAUAAUAAAGAGACUUCAAUUCCCCAGGGUGAAACAGAAAGCAGCCAUUUCUUUGCCUAUCUUGUGACCUCCGCUAUUCUUGUGGCUGUGCUGUAUAUUGCAUAUCACAACAAACGAAAGUUUUUUUCUCCCCUCCAGAUCAUCGCUUUUGCACUUGAGGGAAAACGCUCCAAAGGUGGCAGGAGGCCUAAUUCAGGGGAAUACCAGAGACUGGAUCACAAGAUCUGAGCUUUCUCUCGGAGUCUACUUGAACCAUACGUCAUCCAAAAAGAGCCCAGGAUCUGCACACAAGUCACUUCACCUGAAUAAUUUAAGAAUCCUUCAUCCAGCACCAGCAGCCUGGUUCCCUACAUCUGUACUGGGGAAAUAGGAGUUUGUUGUCCAUAUUUAUAGUUCACAAUUAGAUUACAUAAUUGUUAGAUUGGCCUACUACUAUUAGAUGGCUACUAUGUGACAAUAGAGCAGUGCAUACAUGGAGAUUCUGUGCCUAUAAUGUCCAUUAUUUAGAUUUUUGAUUUUUCAUUUUUCCCAUAAUUCCACAAUCGUAGUAGUGGCUUCAAGCCGCCAGAGAUUUCAUAUAUAUGGUUCAAAUAUCUUCGGUUAAUUGCUAUUUUCUUUAAAUAACAUAUACAGAAAUAAUGUCCUUUUUUUUUUUUUUACCCUUUAAAUCAUUUUCCAGGGUAUUUUGGAAUUGGGUUCUGCUUUUGGUUUCUAACAGUCAAUGUUUCUCCUUGAUAACAUGGCAGAGGGGUGUGCUGCGAAUAGACUAUAUCUGCUGUAUACAAAAUGCUAAAACUGGAGAGUGCAACAUCCUGGGGCACCUCUGCAUAAAAACCAAUCGGCUUUCAUUUUUAUUUUUUUGUCAAAGCCUAAUUGAACAAGAUGGAUUUAGAAGUUGGUUAACUAUCAUGCACAGCUGCACCAGAUUUUACACUCUAGCUUACCUGCUAGAAACAGAUUGCAGAGAAGCAUGUUUGACUUGACCUUUGGGUCUAUUUUAUGCAGGCCGUGUGUGUAUACAAACGAAACAUGCAUGAACGGAGAGCUAUACUAGAUCAGUAUAUAUAGCCUAAAGUUAGCACGACAGCUACCCACUUUGGUGACGGUCUCAUGUCUAUCAGACUAGCACAUGACUGCUUGCCUUUUGUUAUUACCCUUCUACCACUUGGCUGUGCCAAGUUUCUGUGUCUGAGGCAAUACCCAGCCUGAGAUGCUGGGAAGCAGUUUUAUGUCUGCAUGAACAACCGCCGCCUUGUCUCUGAGCACCCAAGUCUCCAGUGCCAUCAGAUUUUUCUUGAAGGAAUGUAUAGUCUUAGUGUAUAUUUUUGUAUGUGUUUAAAACAGAUCUGUUUUGAUGUAAAUAGUUUUAGUCUGUGUUAAUAUUCUAAGAAUCUUUGUUCACAACAGGGAAGCCAUAUUUCCUUCUCGCUUAUGUAGGCUCUGCAGUGCUACACAGUGCUUCUUCUUAUACCAUUCACCUAACUUAUUGUUAAGCAGGGUGAAAGAGUAGGUGUAAUGACUUAUUAUACCUGCUUCUACUUGCUUAUCUUCAGUUCCCUAUAUUAAAUAUAAGAAAAAGUCCCUUUAAUACCUCAAAAAUAUAUCCUUGCUAGAUCUUUAUUAUACUUUCCGUUUAGAAUCUGCUUUCUAAGCUGAUGUUAAAGGGGUUGUAAAGGUUCGUGUUUUUUCACCUUAAUGCAUUGGAUUGAUUGAUAGCAGUGCAGCCAUUGGCUCCCGCUGCUUUCAAUCAAAUUCAAUGACGCGGCCGCUGGGGUGCGGCGCUGAGUCAUACAAGAGGUGUCUAUGGACGCCGACUGUAUGACAUGGGAGUGCGCCCGCAAGCUAACCCCCUCGGGAGAGAGCUUCCCAGUGGGGGUUUGCUAUUGUGGGGAGCAGCCGAAACAGCCGCAGAGGGACCCCAGAACAGGAGGAUCUGGGCCACUCUGUGCAAGACGAUCUGCACAGUGGAGGUAAGUAUGACAUGUUUGUUUUCUUUUUCUUCUUUUUUUAUUAAUAAACCUUUACAACCCCUUUAAGAACAAAGGGUGUAAUGGCAUUGAGGAACCCCUCUUUGCAUGCAGAGGCCUCAAUAACACAUCCAGGUUUAGGAAAGUGUGUUAAUCCAUGUGCCUAUAUGGAUAAAGAGGGCGGUAUCUAAAACAUAUAACUUUUAACUACAUUAAAGGCUCCGAUGUGAGAAGGAAGUCUAGAGGAGGGGACAAUUGCAGUUAUCGUCCAAAUCUGGUCUAAAUUUUAAACCAUUUGGUGUCCCAUUUACACCUGUGCUUUUUAGGUAUGGUAUGUAAAAAAAAAAAAA